GGGCGGGUCUUCCUGCGCAGUGCUUCCGGGUUCAUUUCAAACACAUGACUUUACCAUUCCCCCGAAAAUGUGUAAUAUUUGAGCUAAAAACUUUAUAAUAUUAUAAUUUUAUUUUGUAAUUUAACUCGAAAUAAAAGAAAACAUGUGGCGACAGACGAAAACCGCGAUCCACAAAGUCUUACGAUUAAAUGUCCUCCAUAGACACACAUGCAGAGCACUGCAGAGCACCUCAGCUCCAGAGAGGGCGCUGCAGUACACGCCUGGACAGAACAUUCAUGGGUUCACCAUCAAAGAGGUGGUGUCUGUCCCGGACCUGUUUCUCACUGCGGUCAAACUCACUCACGAUCAAACAGGAGCUCACUAUCUGCACGCAGCCAGAGAUGACUCCAACAAUCUGUUCAGUGUACAGUUCAGGACCACUCCCAUGGACAGCACUGGGGUACCUCACAUCCUGGAGCACACGGUUCUUUGUGGAUCUCAGAGGUUUCCGGUUCGAGAUCCGUUCUUUAAGAUGCUGAACCGCUCCCUCUCCACGUUUAUGAAUGCCUUCACAGCGAGCGACUACACCAUGUAUCCGUUCUCUACACAAAACUCCAAGGACUUCAAGAACCUUCUGUCCGUGUAUCUGGACGCUGUGUUUUUCCCCUGUUUAAGAGAGCAGGACUUCUGGCAGGAAGGCUGGAGGCUGGAGAAUGAAGACCCCUCUAACCCAAAGUCUCCUCUGGUUUUUAAAGGAGUCGUCUUCAAUGAAAUGAAGGGAGCUUUUUCUGAUAACGAGCGGUUGUACGCGCAGUACCUGCAGAAUAAGCUGUUCCCCGACCACACAUACUCUGUGGUGUCUGGAGGAGAGCCGCUGUGUAUCCCAGAUCUGACCUGGAACCAGCUCAAACAGUUCCAUGCUACUCACUACCACCCAAGUAAUGCCAGGUUCUUCACAUACGGAGACCUGCCUCUGGAGCAGCACCUGCAGCAGAUCCACCAGGAGGCGCUGUCCAAGUUUGAGCGAAUCGACCCCAAAACAGAAGUGCCCCCCCAGCCGCAUUGGCCCUACCCCAGGGAGGCGCAUGUGAGCUGUGGUCCUGAUGCCCUGGCUCCAGAUCAGACUCGACAGAACACUCUCUGUGUCAGCUUCCUCCUGCCAGAGAUCACAGACUGUUUUGAAGGCUUCACUCUCAGUCUGCUGUCCUCGCUCAUGGUCUCUGGUCCAAACUCUCCGUUUUACAAAGCGCUCAUCGAACCCAAGAUCGGAACAGACUUCUCCUCUGUCGUUGGAUAUGAUGGCAGCACCAGAGAGGCUUCGUUCAGUGUGGGUCUGCAGGGCAUGUCUGAGCAGGACAUGGAGAGAGUGAAGCACAUCAUAAACCAGACCAUAGACCACAUUAUUCAGGUUGGAUUUGAGGAGGAGAGAAUCGAGGCCUUGCUCCAUAAAAUCGAGAUUCAGAUGAAACACCAGUCGACCAACUUUGGACUGGCUCUGGCCUCGUACAUAGCGUCCUCUUGGAACCAUGAUGGAGACCCAGUGGAGCUGCUGCAGAUCAGUGACAGUGUGAACAGGUUCAAACAGGCUCUGAAGGACAACCCCCGAUACCUGCAGGAGAAGGUCCAGGAAUACUUUAAAGAUAAUACCCACAGACUGACCCUGUCCAUGAGUCCAGAUGAGCAGUAUCUGGAUAAACAGGCUAAAUCUGAGGAGGAGAAACUUCAGCAGAAGGUCCAGGUUCUGACAGAGGAGGACCGGAAGGAGAUCUACGAUAAAGGUCUGGAGCUGCUCUCUGCUCAGUCGGCCCCUCAGGACGCCUCGUGUCUCCCAGCUCUAAAAGUGUCAGACAUCGACCCGGUCACCACAAGGACUCCGGUUCAAAUCUCCUCUGUCGGGGGCGUGCCAGUGCAGUUGUGUGAGCAGCCCACUAAUGGCCUGGUGUACUUCAGAGCUCUGUGUAACCUCAACACUCUGUCCGAAGACCUGCGCCCCCUAGUGCCCCUCUUCUGCUCCGUCAUCACCAAGAUGGGCUGUGGUUCGUUGGACUACAGACAGCAGGCUCAGGAGAUGGAGCUGAGGACUGGAGGCAUGUCUGUGUCUGCUCAGGUCAUCCCCGACUCCUCCCACCUCGACAUGUACGAGCAGGGGAUGGUGCUGUCAUCGUCGUGUCUGGAGAGAAACCUGCCGCACAUGUUUGGCCUCUGGAGAGACGUCUUCAACAGGCCUCACUUUGAUAAUGAGGAGCGGCUGCGUGUGCUGGUGAUGAUGUCUGCACAGGAGCUGGCCAAUGGGAUCUCAUACUCGGGUCACAUGUAUGCCAUGACCCGAGCUGCGCGCCAUCUGACACCCGCAGGAGAUCUGCACGAAACAUUUGGGGGCAUGGAGCAGGUGAAGUUCAUGAAGAGGGUGGCCGAGAUGCAAGACCUGAACCAUGUGAUCAGAACUCUGCCCCGACUCAAGAAGCACCUGUUUAACCCACACAACAUGAGAUGUGCGAUCAACGCCACUCCACAGAAGAUGUCCGACUCUACUAAACACCUGGAGACUUUUCUGAAGGAGGUCUCAGGAAACAGGAAGGACCGAAAGCCUGUCAGACCCAACACCAUCCUGAAACCCAUCGACCCACGGCUCGAAUCAGGACCCACCAAGACUCUCAUAGACGACUCAAACUACCAACCCUGUCACAUGAAGACUUUCUUCCAGAUGCCCUUCCCUGUGAACUUUGUCAGUCAAAGCAUUCGCACUGUUCCAUUCACACAUCAGGACUAUGCCAGCCUGUCUGUUCUGGCGAGGAUGAUGACGGCCAAGUACCUUCACGGAGAGAUCCGAGAGAAGGGCGGAGCUUAUGGGGGUGGGGCAAGGAUGGGGAGCGGGCUCUUCACAUUCUACUCGUACAGGGACCCUCAGUCAGCUCAGACCUUAGCGGCGUUCCGCAGAGGUGUAGACUGGGCUAAAGCCGGACUUUUCUCUCAGCAGGACAUCGACGAGGCCAAACUCUCCGUGUUCUCUGCCGUGGAUGCUCCAGUGGCUCCUUCUGAUAAAGGGAUGAGUCUGUUUUUAAAUGGAGUGACCGACGACAUGAGGGACGCUCACAGACAGAGACUGUUCAGAGUGUCUCAUCAAGACCUGUUGGACGUGGCCGAGAGGUACUUGAGCGUGGGCCGGUGCACAGACGGAGCGGCCAUUUUGGGUCCAGAGAAUGAGGUCAUCAGGAAAGACCCCUCCUGGAUCAUCAAAUAAUUGUAAUAAUAAUAAUGAUGAUGUUACUUACUGUUUAGUAUUUAAUAUUUGAGGCGUUUUCAGUGGCCAAAACUCUGGUUUUGUUUCAUUAAGAGUCGUGUUUUUUUGCUGCUCAAAUCUCCACUCAAACAAAAUGACUUCAAUUGAGAAUAUUAAUUAAUUUCAAAGUGGAUGACAGUGACUAAAGUGAAUAUGUGAGUAUUUAUAUGAGUAUUUUUUGGAGUAUCCUGAUAAUGAUAUUAAGAAAUUGAAAGCCAUACGGAACAUUCUCCAUGGCUAUAGAUACGUUUUAUGCCUUAAAAGGAACAUUUUCAUAGAAACAAACAGGAGGAGGCCCUUCUGCUUUUUUCUAUAUUUUGGCUAAAAAGUUACAUGCUAUGACUUUAAGAUUCUACAAAUGUGAAAUGACUAUAAAAUUACCAACAGUAGUGCAAAGAUCUCACUUUAUACUCUGUCUGGACGUUUGCAACAACCACAUUUUUUUGUUUUUGUUUUUUUUUUACAAUUUAUAUCAGCUCUUUCUGUUACAUUUUCUAUUAUGAAUGAUCUACAUAAUAUUUAAAUUUGUCAUAUCUUCAGAACAACAAUAAUCUGCCCACCUCUGGACAGUUCUGACCAUUUCAAUUUUACUUAUAUUAUACUUUGAAUUUAAACGUAAAUCAGAGACUUGUUUUAUAAUGUCUCUGACUGUUUUGGCCCAGGGCAGCUGAGGUAACGAAUUUGUGGAGUGAAAUUAUAAUGACGUACUGCUGGAGGAAACUUGUCAAGGGUAAUAUUACAGUGUCUACUCUACAAAUGUUAAUUAAAGAGGGGGUACUAUGCUAAAUCAAUUGUGUGUCUUUCUUCCAAGUUCUAAUGUUGUUCCCUCAUCAAAAACAUGCGUAAAGAGGUUUUAGAUGUCAUCCAUGCAUGUUUGAGUAAUUUAGCGAUCUCUCCUGAUUUCAUUAGAGAGAAGCGCAAUAAAAGGAAACCAUGGUGAUCUAAAUACAUUAUGUUUUAGCAGUCGAUAUGCCAUAGAAGUGAAAUACCCCUCUUUAAGAUUCUGAAUUGAAGUCAUUUUAUUUCCUGUAGAUAUUAGUUUUUGCUGUUACUUUUGUGUAAAUACUGUAUGUACAAUGUGCGAUAUUAUAUUGUGAUACAAACCU